UUGGGCCUGUAUUUCAACCCAAACUCUUAAUUUGGGCUAGAAAGGCCCAGCUUAAAUGCCGCGGAAGUUCAUAAUGUAUAUACAUUUUCUUCUUGCACAUUGUGAAGAAGAGAUCUUCAGCCUGAAGCAGUGGUGAGUUCUCUAAUUUGGUAGCUGUGUUAUUAAAUCUUGGAUUCUUGUUCAAGUGAAUAGACAAGUUUAGAGACAGUGAAGGAAAUGGCUGGUCCUAGGAUUACUCAUGCUACUUUGAAAGGACCAAAUGUUGUGAAGGAGAUAAUUAUUGGAAUGGUGCUUGGUUCAGCUUGUGCCACUGUGUGGAAGAUGAAUCAAUGGAAUGAAAAGAAAAAGGUCAGGUCAUUUUAUGAUUUCCUGGAAAAAGGUGAGAUUGGUGUUGUAGUGGAGGAAGAAUGAAAAUGGUUCUGUUUUCUGUAAAAACACUCCAUCUUCUUUUUUUUCAUUUAUUUCUCUCUGCACUCAAUUGGCUCUUUUGAGCUGACUUGAUGUAAGAUAAUAAGGAUUUUGUACCAAGGUAGAAAUUUUAUAGAGUUCGUUUUGUUGC